AUGAAAGGUCGAAACCUAGCUCUCCUCGGGCCUCGGUGCCUCCUUCAUUCACCGCCACCGUCGCCUCUGAGCUCUCCCUUCUUCUCACCCAGCGGAGCAGCAGCAGUACCAGGUUUCUUCUUCUCACCCGACGGCCAGCAGCAACCAGACUUCCUUCUUCUCACCCGGCGGGAAGCAGCAGCCGCCAGGCUUCCUUCUGUCUGA